CAAGACGUCGACACAAACCAAAUCUUUCACUUCUUAUUAAUUCCUUCUUUUUCUCGAACCCUCCUCUUGCUGACAAUUCCACCCACCUCCUUCCUUUUUAUCCUUUCUCUUUUAUAUUAUAUUAUCUUCUUCAUCAUCAUCAUCUUCUUCUUCUUCUUUCUCUCUCUAUUAUUGUGUGUGUCAUUGUUUUGCAUUAUUGUUAUAUAACCUAACAGCAGCAGCCGACACCAAAAGAAAGAAGACAAACAUCAUCAUCAACGAUCAAAAAGAUCCAAUUUUUAAGACACCCUUGUUACUUUUUUCAGGUUUUAAUUUGAUCGAUCUAGAGUGUUAUGUAUAUGUGUGUUUUUCAUGAGGUGGGUUUUUGAGAAUGAACGUAAAGUUUUGAUCUUUUCUUGUUUUUAUGUUUGUGGGGGGUGUGGCAAUGAGUGAGGAUAAAAGCGAUCAGUUUUGAAAUGAGGAUACUUUGUGAUUCUUGUGAAAGUGCUGCAGCAACUUUGUUUUGUGCUGCUGAUGAGGCUGCCCUUUGUGCAACUUGUGAUACAAAGGUACACAUGUGCAAUAAGCUAGCGAGCCGUCAUGUAAGGGUUGGCCUAGCAAAUCCAAGUGAAGUUCCUCGCUGUGAUAUAUGUGAAAAUGCACCAGCUUUCUUUUACUGUGAGAUAGAUGGUAGUUCCUUGUGUUUACAAUGCGACGUGAUUGUUCAUGUUGGAGGUAAAAGAAUGCACAAGAGAUAUCUUCGGCUGAGGCAGAGAGUUGAGUUCCCAGGGGAUAAACAAAAUGAUGUUAAGGACCUGAAUGUAAAACCAAUGGAACAAGUUGAGAAAGUGAGAAGCCAGAAUGAAGAAAGGGGUGAGAUUGAGAAGCAUCAAGAGUUGAGGGUCUCAGAUGUUAAAAAAGAUUAUUCAAAUGGAGAUGGGCAUUCCAAGCGGCCUAAUAAAGUAAUUGAUUUAAACAUGUAAUGCCCUUCAAAAAAAUAAAAAAUAAAAAAGAUGCUUAAUUUUGUUUUUGGGAAUUUUCCAGCAUUAAGGUGGGAAACAUUUUUCAAACGUUUUAAGUUUAGGAAAUGAGGUUGAAAUGCUAUCUCUACCGUUAUAAAUUUUAUUUUUGUAACUGAGCCCAAGGCAAAGCCAAGUUCCACUGUAUUGUUCUUUCUUCAAGUUAAUGCUUAUAACAAAGGCACCUGUUCUUAUCUAUAA